GCCUCAACGAAGUGUUUAAAAUUUAAAUCCUUUUUGCUGUGGCUAAUUAUUGAGCAUUUGUGAUUUGGGGCUAACACUCUAACCGAAGAUAUAUCUGUUUUACUUGAAAUUCGGUGCUUUUAUCAAUCUAAAAUUGCACUUUUUUGGGUCGAAUUUCAGCAAAACGAACACAGGUAGAUUAUUAUGAAGAUAGCAAGGUACAAGAAGGCUCAAAAAUACUUAAAAUUUUAUUACAAUAACUUUGGACUUCAUCAGCCAUAUCAAGUUUUAAUUGAUGGAACAUUCUGUUUUGCUGCUUUCAAAGAACAAAUCAAUAUUAGGGAACAAAUACCAAAAUAUCUUAAUGGGAAGGUAAAAUUAUUGACAACUAGAUGUAUAAUUAUUGAAACUGAGAAAAUAGCCAAAAAAGCCCAUGGUGCACUUACUAUAUUAAAGCAGUUUGGAAUACAUGAAUGUAAUCAUAAAGAGCCAAUAACUGGUACAGAUUGCAUUACUUCAAUGAUUGGGAAGAAAAAUGAGAAACAUUAUGUAUUGGCCACACAGGAUCGCGACUUGCAAGAGAAAUUGAAAAUGAAACCAGGGGUACCUAUUCUAUAUCUACACAAUAAGUCACCAACCUUACUUAAACCUUCAAAAGCAAGUUAUUUAAGUGCUGAAAAAAGUCUUGAUUCAAAAUCUAGUAAUAUUUUCAUCAGUGAACAGCAAAAUGCAAGUUUGAAAAAUUUGAAAAAAGUUCUGGGGGUUGAAGAAUCAGUUGAAGAUAAUAAAGUUAUUCCAAAGAAAAGAAAGCAACACAACCCCAAUCCUCUCUCUUGUAAAAAGAAAAAAAUACAAGUUACUAAGAGUACUGAUAAAAUCCUAAAAGAUAAAAAACUAAGGAAAAGAAAAAAGGCUAACAAAAACACAAGUUUUCAAUCAUUAGUUGCAUAAGCAAUUCAUUAUGGAAUAUUCAUAAUUUUAAAACUUUUAAAGUCCGAUUAAUUGAUAAUGUCUUUAUGUAGUUUUAUUCAAUAGAGGGCUUGUCAAUAUUGCUGAAAUAAAUAAUUGGGCCCACAAAA